AUAUACUAUAUAUCUAUGUUAAUAUUAUUUUAAUUUAAUUACAUAAAAUACAAAAUAGAGAAAAUAAUUGCUUAAAUGUAUGACUGUAAAUAAAAAAUAAUAAUUUCUUUAAUUUAUGCAUUUGUCUCAAUUUAAUUAUACACAUAACAGUUAAUAGUUUUUCAAUUAUUCAAUAUACAUUUAUUAAUUUGUUUCAUAAUAUAUAAAAAAUGUUAAAUAAAUAAUAAUACGUAAAAAUAAUGUGUAUAUAAAAUAUUCAUCUCGCGCAAGGCGCGGAUCUUAAACUAGUAUAUAAAUAUAAUGCAUAACGCAAAUAUCCCUAGAUUGAGAACAAAAUGUUUGAAACAAAAUUUAGAAAGGUGUAAAUCAAUAAAAACCGAUACAAAUCAGAUUUAUAACAAAAUAUAUAAAAUAAAUAUGACUAACGCAAAUAUCGAGCUAGAUUAGGAACAAAAUAUUUGAAUUGUAUCCGCCAAUAGUAACUAAUAGCUAAUACAAACCUGAUUUCUUUUUUUUCUCUUCUUAUAAUGAUGGCUAAACUAAAAUGAGAUUCUGUUUUUGAAUCUUAAAAACCAAUAAAAGAAACUCAAAGAUAUAAAUCAUGUAAGAGUAUGGAAAAUAUAUAAUCUUGAUCCUCUACCAACGUCUAUAUUCCCUGUAAUUAUUCCUGUAAUAUUGUCUUCCCUUUCUUGCCUUCAACUCUGUACAUAUAAGAACAGAGCAACCCAAUCAAUUGUAUAUACAAGUUCAAUACUCAAUAAAGCAAAGGUGAUAUACUGAAUUGAUAAAAGGAGGUAAUAUAUUUACAAUACAAUGAAGACGAAUUGCAAGAUUGGAUUCAUGAGCUUCCUAAUGAUUGCUUCAGUACUCAUCAUAUUUCUCACGGUUCCAGAAAAAGUUGAAGCCGACGGACAAUGCAUUGGACGGUGUGGAAUGAUUUUUGACUGUGCGACUGCUUGCAUCAGGAUGGGAUACCAAUCUGGCCAAUGUGUUGGCUGGGAAAAUCCGAAUCAGUGUUGUUGUGACCAUUAAAUGUAUUGAAAAUCAUCAAUAACAAUCAAUAAAUCUCUGCGAUUAGAACAUAUCUACAUUCAUCUGAGUUUUUGAUAUUUGACAAAUUUGAUUUGUUUUUUUUUUAAUGGAAAUCAACAUCAUUUGAAUACUAUCAUCAUAUACUUGACUUUGAUAUUAAAAACCACUGUUAAGUUGUCUUCAUGCAUUCUUCAGUUAACCGCUUUGUUUUGCUCAAAAACCAAAUUCUCAUUUCAUUAGCAGUAAUAGUUGAGGAUAAUGGUUUAUAUAUAAGACACAUCGCAAUAUCGCAUAAUCCACCCUUUGCCAACAAAAACCUACACAUCCAAAUA